CAUCCCCUUGUCCAUUACAUGAAGCCGCUAGAUUCUCUCAUAUCGACCGCCCACGACGUGCUCUUGGGCCCGCGGAUUCCCUCUCCAUACAAUGGCCUUCUUCCGCUGUACUUCGAAGACCUACCGCCGCAUAUACCGCUCGAGGAUGUCCAGUACCUCGCGCUGAAAGGCGCCUUCACGGUCCCGGAUGCACCGUUGCGCAAUGAGCUCUUAAACACCUUUGUGGUCAAUGUCCAUCCGGGAUUGCCCUUGCUCGACCUGGCAGACUUCCUGCAGCCAAUAGCUAUCGGCGAUGGACAGUCGCGUAUUAGCCUUCUGCUUUUCCAUGCAGUCAUGUUCUCCAGUGUUGCGUUCAUUGAACCAGAACACCUGUAUCGUGCUGGAUACUCCUCGCGCAAAGAGGCACGCAGGGAGUUCUUCCGGAAAGCAAGAGUCCUCUACGACUUUGACGUCGAAGCCGACCGGGUGGUCCUUAUGCAGGCAGCGCUGCUGAUGACCUACUGGCACGAAACGCCCGACGACCCGAAAGACUUCCACUACUGGCUUGAGAUCGCGCUCUCGAUCGCGACAUCGAUCGGCCUACAGCCCGUGCCAGAUCCGGGCGACUACCUGGGGCCCACGGGGCUGUGGAAGCGCCUCUGGUGGUGUGUCUACACGCGCGAUCACCUCAACGCAAUCAACCUGCGCCGACCGCCCAUCAUCCGCGAAGAAGGAUGCAGCGUGCCGCUUCCCACCCUGUCGGACUUUGAAAUCCGCGUCUUCCCCGAAGAAACCACCCAGCUGCUCGGAAGCUGCAAGAUCCUCCAAUCGCCACAACAUCAGAACCAGCUGGCGCAGAUCUUCAUCGAGAAAGCCCGGCUCUGCACCGUCAUCAGCCGUAUCCUCCGCGCCUCACUGUCUACAUCGUCCCAGUGCGACCGCCUGCUGGAAGACUGGCACACGCAUCUCCCCCCGGAGGUCCGGUACCAGCCUCCUUCCGCUCCGGGUCUCCCCGAGGUCGAGAAACCGCUAUUCGUGCACCGCGCAUGGCUGAACAUGAUCUUUCUCGCUGCAUCCAGCGCCCUACAUCGCCACCAGACGUCGCGCAAAGUGAACGACCCAUCCGUCUCCGUGGAGUCCUUGCUCAGCGACCUGUCACGGAGUCAGGUGCAGCACGCGACGCAGGCGAUCGCCACGGUCGCGGAGGGCCUGGGUCGCGUCGACGCCAUUCACUACUUACCCACCACGACGGUCGGAAUGCUUCUUCCCGUCCUCACCAUCCACAUCCUCACCAUCCGGUCCGGGCAGCCCGAUACGUGGGUGGAGGCGUUCUGGUCGUUCUACCAAUGUAUGAAGGUGUUGGAGAAGCUGGGCGAGGUUUAUGCGUCGGCGGAAUCCAUGGCGUCUUUUUUCAAUUCAACUGUGUGUGGGGAUCAAUCCGAUGCGGGGAUGCCGGCAUUACUGAAAACGGUCCUGACCAGUGCUGAGUUGGAGUGUUUUGGACGAUUGGUGAGAGAAGGAGGCACAGGAGGAA